AUGUCGCGUGCUAUUAUGAACCCUCUUCGAACAUCUUCAAGGGUUGCUUGGUCGGCACCGCGGUCUCUCAGCUCGCGGCUACUGCCGAUACCACGAGUACUGCUACCUGCCUCUCAGGUCAGAUGGAGCUCACACUCCCCCAUGGGCGCUGCGCCUGCGACUAUCCGCAAGCCUGUCACCAUCAACACGCUCCAGAGUCUGUACCGGAAAAACGAACCCAUAACUAUGAUAACGGCGCACGACUUUCCGAGUGCCCACGUUGCCGACCAUGCGGGGAUGGAUAUAAUACUUGUCGGAGAUAGUCUAGCUAUGGUCGCGCUUGGUAUGGAGGAUACAAGCGAAGUGUUGAUGGAGGAGAUGCUACUGCACUGCAAGUCCGUAGCACGGGCAACGAAGGGAGCCUUUACGGUUGGAGACCUACCAAUGGGCAGCUAUGAAAUCUCCCCCGAACAAGCCCUAGCGUCAGCUAUCCGCAUGAUCAAAGUAGGUCGCGUCAAGUCUGUCAAGCUUGAAGGUGGAAAGGAAAUGGCACCGACAAUAGCCAAGAUCACAGAAGCUGGAAUCCCCGUACUGGCUCACGUGGGUCUGACGCCACAGAGGCAGAAUGCGCUCGGUGGCUUCCGCGUACAGGGUAAGAGCACUGCCUCGGCAGUGAAAUUACUCGAAGACGCGCUUGCGGUGCAAGAAGCUGGCGCCUUCGCUGUGGUCGUAGAGGCCGUGCCUGCUGAGAUUGCGGCAAUUGUAACCAAGCAGCUUAGUAUCCCUACAAUAGGUAUCGGCGCCGGCAACAGCUGCUCUGGUCAAGUGCUCGUCCAGGUUGACAUGCUUGGAAACUUUCCGCCAGGUCGUUUCCUCCCCAAAUUCGUCAAGCAAUAUGGCAAUGUUUGGAGCGAAGCCAUCAGGGCGAUCUCGCAGUACAAGACCGAAGUGAAGAGCCGAGAAUAUCCUGCACCGGAGCACACGUACCCGAUGUCGAAGGAGGUACUUACGGAGUUCGAGGCUCUGAUCGAAGAGAAGCGGGAGACACGAUAG